AUGGUGGAGGAGCUGCGGUGGGAAGCACAACCCAGCAAAGCCCCCAUCACCCAGACACAGGGACACUUGGGCACCUGCAAACACCGAAAAGAUGCACCCCCAGGCUCUGGUGCAACCACCCACCACCACGGUGCCCAGCAGUGUCUGUCCCUUGCAGGGGUGGAGUGUGUCCUCUUCAACGAGGAGUACAUGACCUGCACGUGGGGGAGCAGAGAGACACUCACAGCCAACUACUCCCUCUACUACUGGUAUGAGAACAGGUCCCCCGUGGUGGAGUGCAAGCACUACUUGCAGGACCAGGACAUCACUGUCGGCUGCCACUUCAACCAGAGUGAGAUCAUCCAGUUCCAGCCUUUCCACGUCCUCGUCAAUGCCAGCCUCGGCGGCAGGACCCUGGAGAUCCCCAGUGAGCGCAUGCAGCUGCAGGACCUGGUGAAACCAGAGGCGCCUGUCAACCUGACCAUCCGCAACAUGAGCAGCAAUCAGCUGCAGCUGACCUGGACCUCCCCGUACCCCAAAGUCCAGUGCCUGGAGCAUGCCAUCAAGUACAAGAGCAACAAGGACACCAGCUGGACGGAGCACCGGGUGAAAGGAGACAUCUUCUCCUUCCCUAGUGUGGACUACGAGAAGUACUACACCUUCUACGUACGCAGCAAGAUCAACAGCUACUGUGGCAGCACCCAGCUCUGGAGUGAGUGGAGCAUCCCUGUGGUCUGGGGCAGCAACUCCACCAGCAAGGGCAUGGCAGAGGAGCAGCUACACUGGUUCUGGAUUCACACGGUCUUGGUCCCCAUUGCCUCCUGCCUGCUCCUGCUGGUCCUCAUCGUCCUGCUGGUGCGCAUGGAAAGGGUGUGGGUCAUCCUCAUGCCCCGAAUCCCCAACCCCAGCAAGAACUUCGAUGACCUUUUCAUCACCCACAAUGGCAACUUCCAGGAAUGGGCGGGAGUCCCCAAAGACAUUGUGGAGAGCUUCAAGCCCAACUACAGUGAGAACAUCUGCUAUGUGAGCGAGCUACCUCCCAAGGACAGCUAUGAGCAUCUCUGGGAGGGCAGCAACCACCCACCAUCAGUGAUGCCCGGGGCCCCGGCUGCGCCUCACGAGCACAGCCCCUACAAGAACAGCUAUGUGUGA